GGAGGAGGAGGAGGACACGGCUCUGGGAUAUUACGACGACGAAGACGACCUGGAGGCGUUUUCAGAUGCAGGACUGGGCUGUGAGGACGGAGUGUUGGGCUUCAGUGACUCUCUGAAUGGAGAGGUCAAACCUCGGAUACUGCUGAUGGGCCUGCGGAGGAGCGGGAAGUCCUCCAUCCAGAAGGUGGUUUUCCAUAAAAUGUCACCCAAUGAGACCCUGUUCCUGGAGAGCACCAAUAAGAUCUGCAGGGAGGACGUCUCCAACAGCUCCUUCGUCAGCUUCCAGAUCUGGGAUUUCCCCGGCCAGAUCGACUUCUUCGACCCCACCUUUGACUACGAAAUGAUCUUCCGAGGCACUGGAGCGUUAAUCUUUGUUAUCGACUCACAGGAUGACUACGUGGAGGCUCUGAGCAGGCUGCAUCUCACGGUGACCAGGGCCUACAAGGUCAACCCCGACAUCAACUUCGAGGUGUUCAUUCACAAAGUGGACGGCCUGUCAGACGACCACAAGAUCGAGAAGCAGAGGGACAUUCACAAACGAGCCAACGACGACCUCGCGGACGCCGGCCUGGAGCGAAUACACCUGAGCUUCUACUUAACCAGUAUAUAUGACCACUCCAUAUUUGAGGCUUUCAGCAAAGUGGUCCAGAAGCUCAUCCCACAGCUGCCUACGCUGGAAAACCUCCUCAACAUUUUCAUAUCUAACUCGGGUAUUGAGAAGGCCUUCCUGUUCGACGUGGUCAGUAAGAUUUACAUUGCCACAGACAGCAGUCCAGUGGACAUGCAGACGUACGAACUGUGUUGUGACAUGAUCGACGUGGUCAUCGACAUCUCCUGCAUCUAUGGUCUGACCGACGCUGAACGUGGUCUACCCUAUGACAAGGAGUCUAUGGCCAUUAUUCAUCUGAACAACACAACCGUCAUGUACCUGAAGGAGGUCACCAAGUUCCUCGCCAUGGUCUGCUUCCUCCGCAAAGAAAGCUUUGAGAGGAAAGGACUGAUUGAAUACAACUUCCACUGCUUCAAGAAUGCCAUCCAGGAGGUCUUUGAUGUUCGAGUGAAAGUUCAACAAAAUCGUAAACUCCUCUGUCAGAGGAGGUGGAGCAAACUGACUAUGACCAAUGGAGUGCUCAGCAACCACUGAGGACUGGUGACCUCACAUCAGACAUUCAACCUUCCCUUGACCCCAGAGAAGGGCUUCAGUCCACACGGACUCUGCCCUCCAUCCUCUCUCCUCAGAAACAAGAUGGCUGCCAGCUGCAGAGAGGACAAACCUUUUUUUUAAGUAGGCUCCACAUGAAGUGUCUACAAAGACGCCCAUGUCAAGGUUUCAACUAGUCAUUGCAACAGUGUUGUUUAGCAGAUUCAGAGUCAUCUCACUGUCUGCGCUCAGAUGGAGGAUCCUCCAAACUCCUGUCUUUUGUCUGGCUCCCUGCUCCCCCUUUCAAGCAAAGACUAUAUCAUUCAUUAUUUUAUUUGUUUGUUUGAUAGGGACAGAGCAAGAUAAAGAACAUCAGUACAAAAUAGAUGCUUUAAACACGGCCCAACAAUAACCCUGUCUCUACCCAAACUAUGCUUGUCGGUGGGCAACAUAGGGAGAGACUCUGAGUACUUUACCACUAUACCUAACCCAUUAAGCAGGAAUACUAAUGAACAUCCAUAGUCCCAAGGCAGGUCACAGUGUGUGCUGUGUGUAGCUAGAGUUUGGUUGUAUAUGUAGUGUCUGUAUAGCAUUAUGUAUAUGCUGUAGUGUAUGCUGUUAAUGAGGUAGUACAGAAUAGGUCACAGUGUGUCAGUCUGUCCUCAUCAGAAAAAUAACUUCGGUCACUAGAAGUCAGCGACCUCUAGUGGCCAACAUGAUUAUUACAGCAGCAAAGGCCAUGAGGAGAAGUAGUAUAAAGAUUGAAAAGUCUGUAUCAGGGGGAGGUCAACAUGGACGCUCAGGACCUUCCUUCAGGAGGAGACUGCAGUUCAUGUCUGGUGUGAAACCAGAACGUCACCGAGUUCCUCUCACUUACGAGCACGCUGUUAACAUAGCGAACAUGUAGCUGAAGUUACACCACCGAUGACGUUUUUAACAUAAAGCACAGUGUUCUCCUAUACCUAACCAAGCUCUGACCCACAAUGACAGCCCGGUGUGUCUGUCGCUGGUACACUGCAGCGGUGAUGUUUCGGGAACAGUGAUGUAUGUCAACAAAAUCAGUCCUCUUGCUAUCAGUUAAUCAACAGAUCAGAUCAGACUCUCUCCUGCUGUUUCCUACCUGCUGACAAAGUGAAGUGGGGUACCCGUAGCUCAGCCUACAUUAGAGUACUGUCUGCAGUGGAAGCACACAGCAGAUCCGGUGUUUAGGUACAGACAUACAGGCUACGUACGUGAACUAGUGAAAACGACACUCCUGGUUUAAAUCAGUCCAAGAGACAUUCACUCAGUAGAAGGAAUGUAAACUUUCAGUGUAGCUUCUUAUAAUUAAGGGUUAUACCGUGCAACUGACAUUGCUGUUUUCAGCCGUGCCUAGUGUUUAUCAUGGUGACACUUCACUUCUACAGCAAUCCCUCUUUAAUUAAAUGUGUACAGAGGUGACACUGAACCUCACUCAUGAUGAACAUCGUCUGCUCAGUUAGAAAACAUGUCAAGUCCCCAUUUAAUAACUAAUUCAUGUAUUACUGUUAACAUAUUAUAACAUGCUGUCCCCUGUUUCUUAAGUUAUAUAUAAAAUAUGCUGGGAAUAUGUUUUUCCCCCUCAUGGACACCAGCCAUCUAAAUAUGCCAGAUUUUUUUUUUUUCAUGGAAAUCAAUGCUAUAUUAUCUGAGAGAUUAAUAAAUAUGUGGAAAAUGAAA